AGUUCGAAGUUAAUGAGAAAUACCUACUUCUGAUAUACUUCCAGAGGAAAGAAAAAAUGAACUCUGAAACUGCAAGUGGGGCACGUUGUAAGCUGCCAGCAUCGGAUCGAGUCACUGAGCAUCAGUCUGGAAAUUCUGAGGAGGAACCUUCCAGGGGAUUUCCGCAAGGGUCCAUAGUUUCAUGUCAGACUGCGUCAGAAGAUGCAAAUGAAACUGGGAAGUUCGAGUUGCACGCGGCAGCAUGCGGAUCAGAUGAGGCGAGAGUGAAGGAGCUUCUGGCCAGAGGCUUCGACACCCGUGCACGAGACUCAUCGGGACGUACGCCCUUGCACCAUGCCCUGUCGGGGAAGAGAAAGCGUCUGGCAUCGCUCCUGGCGGAUGCAGACAGCGGAAUCGAUAAUCUGGAUAACUACGGGAGCACUCCUCUGCUCUAUGCUGCACGGAACGGAUACACCUGGAUUGUGAGGAAGCUCCUCGCUGCUGGAGCGAAUGUCCUUGCCCUAGACUUUGUUGGCAUGACGCCCCUACACCGCGCUCUGUUUGGUGGGCACGAUGCCACGGCUAAGCUCCUGGUGGCCGCAGGUGGGGGGAACAACAUUCGAGAUGGGUAUGGGCGUACCCCUCAGGAUAUUGUUUCACAGAGAGGUGAAAGGAGAGAGCUCUACUAUUUAUAUAGUCCUGUAGGAGCGCCUCCCCUUUUGAUCGGUAACUAUUUUAUUUAGGGCUAACAACUGUAAAUCAAAAACAAACAUAUGUAUAAUUGAAACGGGUUAAAAACAUAUCACUGGUAAAACUACUAAUAAUAUUUAUGGUUAUCGGAGGUUCCCGACAUGAUUACUGUUAUAAAGUUUUUCAAAUAAA